UGCUUGCACUUCGGCCGUUUCCUCCCGCUUCACGCCAUGGCGGAACCCACAGACGCAGAGGCCAAGCGCCGGAGGGUGGAGCCGGUGAUGCCGGCGCCCGACAUGAUGAUGGGCAUGUCGCGGAGCAUGGUCACAAUGAUGCAGUUCAACGAGCAGAAGCAGGACUACAUCAAUAGCCUGUCCAACCUCGAGGAGGAGACCCCUCAGUACAACCAGACUCUGCAAGAGUGCCACCAGCGAGGCGCUGAGCGGUGUGUCAAGGUGACGAACCAGCACCGGGGCCUCUACGUCAAGGCGGCCCAGUUUAUCGCCUCCAUCCGCGGCGGCACCGGGGAGCGGGGGGUGCCGAAGCCCUAUGUCGACGCGCUGGCGACCUUCACGGACCACGCCCCGCACAAGUCCAUCGAGGAGGUGGCGGAGGCGCUCCAGGAGUGCAUGUCGCUGGGUCAGUGGCCGACGGCGCCGCUGGACGAGGCCUGCGACCUGCGGUGGAUCGAAGCAGAGCCCAUCGCCUCGGCGUCGCUGGCGCAGGUGCAUCGGGCGGAGCUGAGGGACGGCACCAAGGUGGCCGUGAAAGUGCAGUACCCCGAACUUCGAAAGGAGAUGGCCUCGGAUUUCGCAGUCUUCAAGACCAUGGGCGCGCAGAUCAAGCAGAUGGCCGCGGGCUACGACCUCUUGUGGGUCGUGGAGGACUUCGAGACGAACCUGCAGCGGGAGCUGGACUUCACCUUGGAGGCUCUCAACGGGGAGGAGACGGCACGACAGCUAGCGCACCGGGAGCAGAUCUACGUGCCGAAGGUCUUCAAGGAGCUGUCCUCCUCUAGAGUGCUGGUCAUGGAGUACUUGGACGGCCUGCUGAAGGCCAACGACCCCGUGGGCCUGCGCAAGGCGGGGCUGGACGUGGCGGAAUGCGCCCAGCUGCUCUGCGACACCUUCGCGGAGAUGAUCUUCGUGCAUGGCAGGGUGCACGCAGACCCGCAUGCUGGGAACAUCUACUUCAGAGCGGUGGGCCCCAGCGGCCAGAAACGCCCGCAGCUGGUGCUCUUGGACCAUGGCCUCUACUACGACCUCUGCGAGGGCGACCACGAUGUUCGCCUGAACUUUUGCCAGUACUGGCAGGCCUGCUGCGCCAAGGACCGGCAGAAGAUGACGGAGCUGGGCCAAACCUUUGCGGGGGCCCUGCACCGCUUCCUGCCGCUGAUUUUGUCGCCCUCCUUCGUCUUCGGCGGCUCCGGGGUGUCAUUGCGGGAGAUCCUCUCGGCGGCCAGAGGGCACCUGCCGGAGAGCCUCACCUUGAAGGACGUGGCGGACUUUGUGGUGGCCACCCGGAUGGGCGGGCACAACCUGCUGGGAGUGCUGCACUCCUUAGGCUACACGCGAGGCCUUUUGGAGGCGCUGGGCUUCGACGAGUCGCGGCGCCUGGCCUCGAUGCUGCGCUUCGCGACGCUGGGGGCCACCCAGCACCCGGACCCCAGGCGCGCGCUGAGCGCGGCGGAGGAGGCCGGGGGUG